UUUUUUUUAACACUCGAGAGUGCCUCUUUCUCUCUAUCUCUCUCUCUCUCUGUGUGCUUGUGUGCGUGAUGUGCUUGCAGUGCUCGAAUAUUGCAAUAUGUAUUGCACACAGAGAGUUGUAUACGUACGUACGCGUAAAAAUUUUGUAAACGGCACAAAAAUUAUAUAAAAUGCUAAGUUUAUUCGUACAUUUUUACUUUUAUGAUGUUCUGAGAAAAUAAUUCCUGAAUGUGGCAACAAAAACGAAUGUAAUUUUGAUCAAUUUUCUCUCAUGUGUCGUCAAAUUUCACAGCAGCGGUGAACUUUUCUUCUUGUAAAAAGGAUUUUAUGAAUAUUUUGAGAUUACCCGUGAAGACUGAUGCUUCGUUUAGAAUUACCGAUCAAUAUCGGUAAAGUAAGGUUUCUUGUAUUAAUUCAAUAACACAUCUUAGUGCAGCCCGGUUGCUUGUGCUAGAAUGGAGCCACAAAGUACUAAAGUUCCUUUGCCACUAGAACCUAUAAAGUCAAAUCAAAUUGAAGAUAGACGCUUGUGGGUAGGCAAUUUAGAUUUAAGAAUUAAUGAGUACCAACUCCUAAAACUCGUCCAAAAAUACGGCACAAUCGAAAAGUUCGAUCUACUUUUUCAUCGAUCUGGGCCUCAAGCUGGUCAACCGAGAGGAUAUGCAUUUGUUACCUAUACAACUAUCGAAGAUGCCAAAACAGCAAAAGAUGCUUUACACAACUUGAAAGUCGGAGCAAAGAAUGUUAUUGUUAGAUGGGCACACAGUGUUACUGAGUCGGACAUGGAUAAGCCAAAGCCAAAAAUAGAUAUUCCCGCCUUAGCUGGUGCAAAGAAAGAAGAUAAAAAAAUAAGUCGUGAAACAGCAAUUCAAGCGAUAGAAGCAAAACUCAAGCUAAUGAAGGAAUCAGAAGAGGAAUUCGAGCUGAAUAAACCAUUAGAAGGAUCGCCAAUUAUACAUCUAUAUCAGAAAGCAGAAAAUCAAAAACCGUCCACCUCCACGCGUUAUCAUAAUCGUGGUAACUACCACCAUUAUAACAAACCAUACAGUCGUCAUAAACCGAGAAGAUAAUUUACUUAUAUAAGAAAUUCUUUUUAUAUAAUUUUUUAUUUAUUGAAUACGAUUCAUUUUUUCUCGUAU